UGCAGCAGGGUGAGCAUUGCACUCUUGGAUUACAUUCAUCAAUCACAGAAGGAAUACAGUUUACCUUCACAGCGGCAUAAAGCCCCACAGAGCACGGCAGCAUGGGGAGCAGCAUGUCAUGUGUCCCCCAAAACAACUUAAGAUUCUCCAGCAAGAGUUUCAUACGCAGAAACAGCAGUCGCCUGUUUCGCAAGAAAAAUCCCCAAGAGGGACAGGAGAAGUCCAACAGCAUCAUUAACAUCCUGUGCACUGUCACCCCCAGGAAGGAAAUGACUUAUAAAGAUCUGCAGACGAUAGACAACAUAAAAUGGGAUCCUCCGUUCCCUUAUGACCCAGCCAGUGGCUGGAAGAAGAGCAGCAUCAAUGUGAAGAAUUACGGACGAAUGAUUCACAGCUCCAAAGUUCGUUUCCGUUUCCUUCACUGCCAGGAUGUACAUGACUGCUACCUGGAUCUCUUUGAGACGCAUCUCCAUUUUGUCUCCAACAACACAACUGGACUGACAUACCAGGGAACUCUUCCAUUGAAAGAACUCACCAUCUGCAACCUGCAACAGAACUGCAACCACAGCCAACCCCAGGAAUUCGCCUUUCAAAUAAACGGUGUCAGCCUUAACCCCAUCAUCGUCUACUGUGCCAACCAAGAAGAAAUGGACCUAUGGUUUGGCCUGCUCAAACAAAACAUUGAAGCCAAUGGGGGAACUGCAAUUGCACCCGAAAACUACACCAGAGUUAGGCUGAACCAGAAUGAGGCUAAAGGCAGAGAAGAGCUGAGGAACUCCAUCAACAGAGAACCAAUCUAUGAGUGGGAGGGCUCCCAGCGGGACAGCUUGGGAACCAUCAUCUAUGUCACCAAAGUGCAACUACAGCACCUGCCCUGCCAGGAACAGAAUGACAGACUGCUGGUUAUGUAUCCAUCGACACUGAUCAUCCUAUCGGAGGAGAAUGAUGCGCUCUUCUAUAAGGGGAAACUUGAACUGAACAUGAUUUCUGUGACCACACCCUGCCAAGACGUCAAGCCCAACACCUUUAAGAUUGAAGGGAAAAUGAUCAACCCCAUAGUGGUGUCGUGUCUGGAUAGGGCCGAGUUCUGCGACUGGAUCCAACAUUUCAAAAGUGCUGACGUGCCUGUUCUCAGCCCUCCACCACCUGUGUAUGACAUCAUCUACACCCCGACGCACAGAGAGGUUCCACAGUUUGACAGGUGGAGUGGAAACAGCCAAGGACGCUCCGAGUCUCUUAAGUUUAGCCAGUCUGGUAGUGGAUGUGGGUCCUACAAACUUCAGUUACCCAUUCAUGAAGACAACCCUCUCUCCCCAGGAUACACCGAACCCCUCUGUUACAUCUCAAGUCGUCCCUCCUCGACUGAGACUGCUCGACUGGGCAGCAGGAACAACAGUGUGUCUUCCCACACCAGGCUUGAGCGCGACCUACGACCUUCGUCACUGCGCUACUCCUCCCCGCAGCGCAGCUCAUACCUCCAGCCAUCGGAGAGCUCAGUGCGGUCUCAGGUCUACAGCACACCCUACUCUGCUCUGAAUCGUGCCAGCCCACAGCGGCUGGAGAAACCUCCACUUGUAAAGUCCAACAGCUGGAGCACCCCUCAGACAUCCUUGAACGUCUCACUGAACACCCCCCAGCGCCACUCUGACAUGUGCGCCCCCCGACAGCCCUUGUCGCCCCUGUACGAUGAGCCCUGCAGCCCUGAAAUUUACUCCCUGCAUGAGGCCAGAUCAGUGCAGCAGACCUGGCAAGAGUCAAUUCAGCACCACCACCAUCAGCAGCAGGGCCCUCAGCUGCUACCUUCCUCCUUCCAGCUUCACACCCCUCCUAUGGGCAGGCGCUGCAGGAGAAGCCUGAUCCUGACCAACUCCCAGGGACAGGCUCUGGACCUGGAGAUGGACACUCCUCAAAGUCAAGCCGAGCAGAGAGCAGAGGCUGUUUCGAGGCUAAAGCUGCUGCCUAUGCCCAGCCAAGUUCAAGAGCAGGUUCACUUCCCGUCAAGCUCUGCAAGAAACACCUCCCAGAUGCCUUGUGAUUACUCAUCAGAUCAUCACUCGUACCUUGAACCCAAAGAACCAGAUGACCAGGAAACUGACUAUGACAACAUUUGGGAGUACAACUAUGAUACUGGUAUGAUUCAGCCAGCGUCUGGAAUUUCGACACACUGGGCAGGAUUAGACUUUGGGGCCGGAGGUAUUGGUGCCAUGGCAACCCAGCAGAGAUGGUCAUAAAACAAAACAAUAGCCCGGCACUCGUCUGGACGUGUGCAAACAACAGAUCUCUAUCAGAGGGAUAAUAAAAAGCCAACUAACACAGCUAGUGUUGCUCCUGCUGCAUACAGUAUGAACCAACAAAUCCCAUGAACUGCAUUAUGAGAUUGUGGGUAGUCAGAACAGAAAUGCUGGAAUGAAGAGGAACAGGCUCAACACAAAACGUUAUGAAAGUGAUAGACAGACUUCAACUUUAUGUUUCAUAUGUAGCAUCAAAGAAAAAGGACACAAGAGUGUAAAAACUGUGUAGCUUUAAUGUUAAACUUUUAUAUUUUGCAUAACUUCGCAAAAGGUUUCAUACUUUAUGCAGUCCUUUUUUAUACUUAAAGUAUUUUCUAACAUGUUGUACAGUACUAUUUUUAUUUAGUUUGUAUUUAAAUCUAUAAAAAAGCAUUCCAUCAGGGCUUGUUAUAGUAAAUGAUGUACAUAUUUGUAACUUUUGUAUAUUUAUUAUUUUAUUAUGUUACAUUAUCAAGGAAAAAAGAUGUGGCUUAACCUUAUUAUGUGCUGAUAUUACCAGCACUACUACAGUACUGUGUUGAUACUUGUGUGGCUUCUUUUUAAAACAUUUUUGUGUGAGGUGUUUAUUUAUACUUGAAAAUAAAACUCUAAACAAUGA